UUACACAAAUCCAUAGCUUCCCUUCUGUUCCUUGCCACAGACAGCUCCGCUCGACCUGAAGAACUACUCGCCAGCCGCUUACGCGACGCAAAACAAACCUCGGACACAAGACAUCCUGAUGAGCCACCAGAAUGUUGAAAGACCGCCGGGGAUCCUGGAGGGCAAUGGAAAGGGAAAAUGGAGAGUUGAAAUGCAAAAGCAGGAUGUCACAGUACAUGACCUGGGCGGGAAAGUGAACGGCAGUGGUGGCCAGCAACAAGAACAACGACGCACAACACUGUUCAGAAAGCCCCAGCGGGAAGGACCAGCUCUCCGCCAGCCGCAGGAAACGCGGGUACAUAGUCUGGGCAGGCUGCUGCUGGCUCUGGUGACGCGGGACCUGAGGGAGUGUGAGCUUGUCAUGGCCUACGACUCUGCUUACGGCGACCCUGCCAUCCUGCACGAGCUGCUCCUCCUGCCCAACAUACGACAGGUGCUGGAGGUGCGGGCGGCGGAAGACUUGCUGCGGACGGUGUGGGCGUCGCCUGGGUGUCGCGGGUACCUUCUGCUGCUGCGUGACCCUCGCCCGCUGCUCACCUUCGCCGACACGCACCGCGACAGCUGGGACUACGAUGGCAAGUACCUGGUUGUGGGGCCAACGCUGCCUCACCUGCUGCAGUUCGCCAGGACGGACAAGGGUCGGAAGACGCAACACCUGGUGGGAGCCGUGCAGAGAAAGAAGGCCGGUGAGUGGCAACUGUACGUGAACCAGCUGUACUGGGACAAGGGCGCCAUGCUGCCCGCUGCCACCUGGCGACGCACGGCCUUCACCUCGGACGCUGACCUGUUCCCCGACAAAUUAGCUGACCUGCGCGGUGCCCAGCUGACUGUGGUGACCUUCGUGUGGGAGCCCAGCAUCAUGUACCGGCGGGCCCCGGACGGCUCCCUCGAGUCGCGGUACGGUGUGGACAUAGACGCCAUCUCCCUCCUCUCGCACGCAAUGAACUUCACGGUGCGCUACGUGGAGCCUGCCGAAGGCGAGCUGUGGGGCCGGCAGCUGGCGGACGGCUCGUGGGACGGGAUCAUGGGCUUCCUGGACCGUGACGAGGCGGACAUCGGCGUGGCCAACAUGUUCCUCUCCUACUGGCGGAUACAGGUCGUGGAGUUCACCGCGCCCUAUGACCUCGAGGCGUCCUGCUUCCUGGCCCGCGCCGAGCCACCGCUGCCCCACUGGCAGGCCCUCGCCUUCCCCUUCCAGUGGAGCACGUGGCUGGCCAUGCUGGUGGGCCUGUUGCUCGCCGGCCCGCUGCUGCACGCCUUCUCGGGCUGGCAAGGUGCACGGGAUAGUCAUGAGGGCAAGGGCGACAGGGAAAUGUUGGGCUCCAGCUGGCUAUACACCGUGGGCCUGCACCUGCGCGUGGCCCAGCCCCACCAGCCCGUGCGGUCUGGGACGCAGGUGUUUGUGGCCUUCCUGUGGCUGUACACCAUGAUCCUGACCAUCGCAUACAGCACCAACCUGACGGCUUUCCUGCUGGUGAAGAAGCUGCCGGCCACCAUCGAGACCCUCAAGCAGCUGGCGGAGUCUGACCUGAAGGUGGCGGGCGUCGGGGAACUCUUCAUGACGGAGCUGCAGGAGGCCAGCGACCCCAAUGUCAAUGCGUUAGCGAUGAAAUUUGAGGAACAGUCAUCGAAGCAGGAUGCGUACCAGAAGGUGCUGGCUGGCGAGGCGAUGUUUGUGGAGAACCGCGGCUUUGUGGAGUUUGUGGCGCGGAUUAAGUACAAGAAAGGCGGCGGGUCCCGGAUGAGGGUCAUGAAGGAGUGCUUCGCCCCAAACAACAUCGUAAUGGCAGUGCAGCGCCGCUCGCCCCUCAAGACUCGGGUGGACCAGGUCAUAGACUGGAUCAGGGAGGGAGGGUUCAUUGCUCACUCCUUCCUCACCUCCCUUAGGAAGGCUGCUGUCAGCAAGGAGUACAUCAACUGGAGUGGCGAAGAUGGAGCAAAAAAGGAAGAGGAGGAAGGGAAGAAAGGGUCACUUCAAACGCCCCUUAAUUUAGAUCACCUUCAAGGUGCUUUCAUCUUUUCAUUGGCUGGUCUCCUUAUGGCUGCUCUCUCCUUUUUGUUUGAACUGAUUCUGAGGUAAACAUUAUUACAUAUUGGUAGCUUUACAAUGUUAGCAAAAACUUGACCUCAUUACAGCUGAAACUGGUUGGCAAUGCUGUUGUUUCUCCUUCCUUUCUGUUCACCAUCAUUUGACAGAAAAUGAAAAGGCCUUCACUGAUAUCUUUUCUUUGAUCAUAUAUUUUUUGCAGGUUCUUAAAAAAAUUAUUUUGGUAAAUGUGUAACAUUUCUGCUCUAAUAAUACAUACCAAAAGUUGUUUAUGUAUGAAUCGAUCUUGUGGAUAUUCGUAACAUAAAAUUCUUUUGUUUUCCUCACCAAACUACUAAAUUAUGAAUAAGAAUAAAUGAUGAGGCAGCCAACUAAUUCAGUGAUUCUCAUGUGAUUCUCAUCAGUCCAUUCAUGGAAGUGAACAGCGUGACUCAUCCUUGCCUAACUUAAAUGUGAAUAUGAACCAAUUUCUUAGAAGAGCAUGUAGUCUCAUUACAAAGUCUUUACUGUCCUUUAAGUCGAUCCUACAUGGCAGAUGUGCAUAGAAUUUUCAUAAACCUUCCAUAUCAACUCUCAAUUCUCUGGGUUCAUGAGGAGUUUGUUUUUCACUUACCUGAUGACACAUUUCCUGCACCUUUAGAAACCUUGUUGCCUAAAUGUAAUAAUUGUUCAUUUGGACCUUGUCUCUAGAGGAUAAAGCAUUGAAUGGAUAAGUUAUAUACACAUUUAUUAUUUUUUUUUUUACAAAUCAGAGAGGUAACUGGCAAUAGAAAUGUUGAGCACCUCUAUUCUACAUUGUCCCAUUUCCUGUGGCAGGGCAUUGAUUUGCAGGACCGUACAAUGUGUACACACUUUCUCAGUGGGGGGAAAAGUUCCUACAUUGUGACCAUCAAUUGAGAUAUUUAAUUCAAAUUUUAGUUGAACAAAGUUCCUAUAUUGUGACCAUCAACUGAGAUAUUUAAUUCAAAUUUUAGUUGAACAGCUCGAAAUGUUCACGUACAAAAAUGUCAACAUUGGUGAAAGUUGUAUGACCUAUCACAAUACCAUAAUCAAAAUUUUACUUUAACGUGAUACCAUAUUACAAAUAUUCACUACCUUUAUUUCUUAUGCUUGGUACAUGUAUGUACAUAAUAUUGAUCAGUGGCAGGUUGCACAACUGUGUUCAGCAACUAGACAAAAUGAAACAAAUUUUCACAUCCAAAUAUUAGUCUGAAAUAUAAAUUAUUUUAAUCUAUAAAGGAACUGUGAAUUGACAUCACACAGGAAUCCUUAAAAUGCGUAGUAUGGACUUGAGUGGAAAAUUUACA